GCGUUUGUCCACGCAGCGCUAAGCUCAGAUUUGGCCCACUACAGAGUUUGUGCUUGCUGCAGCAUGGGUCCCAAAGCAAAAAAGUCUGCCAGGAAGAUGAAGAAAAUCACCAAAGCUGAACGACUAAAGCAGCUACAGGAGGAGGAGGAGAGGCAGCAAAAGGAGGAAGAGGAAGCCCGUGUGAAACAUGAAAAAGAAGAAAUGGAAAGACUUGAAAGACAACGGAUUGACAGAGAAAAAUGGCAUCAACUUGAAGCACUAGAUCUAGAAAGGAGGAAAGAAGAGCUUGAAGAACUUUAUUUACUAGAGGCAUGUUUUUCUGAAGCAGAGAAGUUGAAACAAGAUACUAGAUUGCUGUCUCAGUGGAAUCACUACAUCCAAUGUGAUGGGAGUCCUGAUCCUUCAAUAUCCCCAGAAAUUAACACUUUCAUUAGUUUGUGGAAAGAGGAAACAAAUGAGACUUUAGAGGAAGUCAUCACAAAAAGUAAACUAGUGCUAAAUUUAAUUGAGAAAUUGAGAUUACUUUUAUUGCAAAUGCCAUCAUAUGAUUUGGAAGAUAAAACUAUAAAACAAUAUCAAGGAUCAAUUCUAGAACUGCAGGAGCUCCUUCAUCUUAAGUUUAACACAGCCACAGAAAUACUUCUCAGACAAGCUAGUACAUUAGCAGAUCUGGACAGUGGAAAUAAGGAAAAAGUCAUUCAAGAUGAAAAUGUUACUCUGUAUGUGUGGGCAAACCUCAAGAAGAAUCCAAGGUACAGAAGUAUCAGAUUCUCUGAAACACAAAUUGGAUUUGAAAUUCCAAGGAUUUUAGCAACAAGUGACAUUGCUGUACGACUCCUACAUACUCACUAUGACCAUGUCACACCACUGUGGCCUGUUUUAACACCAUUACAAGAACGAGUUGCCACAGUAACUGACUCUGUCAAAGACGAAGUUAAGAACGGAGAAGCAGAAAUCAGUGACGAGCUCCAAGAAGAAAAUAAACCACAAGAAUGUGAGUCUGUAUCAGUCCAGGAGGAAGAAACAACAUUUGAGGAAGAAGGUGAUAUUGAAGUACAAACGAGUUCUGUCCAGGAAGAAUCUGAAGCCACAAAAUGUGAACUGGAGACGAAAUUACUAAGUGAGACAGUUUUUGCAGCACAGUUGUUGCUGAUAGAGAAUGCUAAUGAAAAGCCAUGUUUCUUUGGAGACAAUGAGGUUGAUUUAUGCCAAUUCACAACCCUGGGUGGAGUGUACCAUUUGGAUAUCUUCGAGCUUCCACCACAGUGCAAACCAAUGAAAGGCUGGAUAAUUGUGGAACUACUCAAAGAAGGGCUGCAGAAAUAUAUAUAUCCUCCAGAAAGUACAGAAGACUUUGAAACAGAAAAUGCUUUCCCACCCAUCGAGGUCACACUUGAGGUCCAGGAGGAUGUAAUCUUUUUUGAGGAUCCUAUGGUUGCAAGGUGGGAUGCUGAAGGUAAACAUUGGCAGACUGAUGGCAUCAGCAAUGUCUCUUACAAAUCAGAAGAAAGACUUAUAACAUUCAGCCUAGAAACCUUUAGCCCUGUUACCUUGAUUCAAGAUGCUCAUAUUAACAUGCCAUUUCAGUCAUGGGAACUAAGACCACUGGAUGUGAAUAAAGUACUUUUGACUGUGACUACUGUAUUUACUGAGAUUGAAAUACAAAUUAAGGAAAACCUCUGCAUGUUAGCAUCAAUCAAGCUAGAUAACAAAAAGCAUUCCUCUAUUUUGGAAGGAAGAUGGAUGACUCCCAUUUCUUUUAUUCUUGCUUUGAAAGAAACUGGAUUGAAUAUCUUCCCUACUAGACACUCUCAUUUUUAUGUUGUUAUAAAUAAUAAGGAUCCCUUGGUAGAAAUGAAAGCUUAUCGACAACUGGCCCUGCUAAGUUCUGCUUUUGCCUUUGGUUGGAGCAAGUGGAAUGUAGUAUGUAGUUCAAAAAAUGUUAUAGUGAAGCUGAGGGAACACGUUUCUGAAGAAGAGCUUGUUCAGGAUUUUAACUGGCCCCUGUUAAUGUUUAGUGGUGACAGAGCGCAGAGGCUCAACAUCAACGAAAACAGUGAAACAUUCUCUGAAGCCCUUAAAGAAGAAACCGAGUUUCAUUCUACUUUAUACCACAUGGUUAAGGAUUUUGCUUCCAAAGAAGCAAUGGAGAAAAUUAGAAGCUCCAAAUGCCAGUUUAUUGAUUCCGUAUGUUAUAUGCUACUCUCAACUAGAGUACUCAGCUAUUCUUAAUCCCCAGUGAUAAAUUUUGUUCAGUAUGAAGAAUCAAGGAACUUGGAGAAAAUAUCAGAUUAUUUCUUCAAUAAAAUGUAGUAAGUGAAUAUAUUUCAAGUAGGUUAUUAAAAU